UCCUUCCGUUUCUCCGUGCUCUCCAGUCGAGGAACCAACCAGUCAGGACUCGGCUGUCCUGUCGACACGACACGCGAUCCACGCGAUCGAUCGGAAACAUCACGCGGGACACCACGAUCGCCCCGCCGAAACACCUUCCGCAUCUACGAUACCACGCCACCGUCACCGUCACCGUCACCGUCACCAACCGGACAGGAUACACGACGGUCGCGCGUGCAACAUCCAUCGAUUACACGAUCGUAGGUGCAUCCGUGAAGAUUGGUCGUCGCGUGGCCCUAGAUCGUUUCAUCCGUUCGAGUGACGACAGUUUCGCAAGAAGGACUAUCUCUAGUCAAAAGCACGGGAAGAGGACGCACACUUCUAGGAUAAUUAUCCCGUUCCACGACGAUUCGGUGAUCCGGAUGACCUAGAAACGAUCCGCUGGAACAGCGUUCGUCGCGUGACACGCACCGAAAGCGAGGGAAGCGCGUCGCGAUCUGUCGCUCGAACACGUGGUCGCCGCCGCGCCGCCACGAGGCACGCUCUUGGAACGCAGAUUCCCGUCGCGGAGCCUCCCAAUCACCGUCAGGAUGUUCGAUCGGACGUUUCGAUCUGGAUACUCGUAGAAUAACGAUCCGCGGAUGAUCGAUGAACGAAGAAGAAGAAGAGUGCCCGAGUGUGAGGAUAGUGUGCCGUUGUUGAAACCGGAGUGCCUCCUAUUUUUCCUCUUCGCUUUCUUCUACCUCUUCUUCUCUUCCUCCCUCGACUGACUGACUCUAUCUUCUCUUUCUCUCACGCGGAGCUGUGGUGAACUCGUCGAACUGUUACGAACGCGCGAUCAAGGGGGAAAAAAGGAAAACGAGUUUGAUCGAACGGGGAAAAAAUCGCAACGAAACAAGUGGGGAAAGUGAGAAACCGUUCACCGGAAGUGCAGCCAGCUACUACCCCCGGCUUCAAGGUCAUGGAAUGACGCAUAAGGGACCCAAGGAUGAAGAUUAAGGAGUUACUCAAGACUGUCAAUGUAGCAUGGUCACCACCGGCUCAGCAUCCUAUAUUAUUGGCUGCAGGAACUGCAGCCCAACAACUUGAUGCAAGUUUUAACACAUCUGCCAGCUUGGAUUUAUAUUCCUUAAAUUUACAACAACCUGGAUAUGAUUUGGAGCUUAAGAUCAGUGUUGCAAGUGACCAUAGAUUUCAUAAAAUAAUAUGGGGUUCAUAUGGUAAUAAUCCAGCUGGUAUAAUUGUUGGAGGCUGUGAUUAUGGCAUUAUAAAGAUUUAUUCAGCUGCUAAAAUGUUAGCUAAUGAUAAUAAUUACUUGAUAAGUAAAACAGACAGACAUACAGGUCCAGUUAGAGCACUUGAUUUUAAUCCCUUUCAAGCAAAUUUGUUAGCAACUGGUGCAACAGAAAAUGAAAUUUAUAUAUGGGAUAUUGUUAACACAAAUUCUCCCAUGACUCCUGGAGUCAGAAGUCAACCACUGGAAGAUGUCCAACACAUUGCUUGGAACAAGCAAGUGCAACAUAUCCUUGCUUCCACGUUUUCACAACGAUGUACUAUAUGGGAUUUGAGAAAAAAUGAGCCAAUUAUCAACUUAACAGAUACAAAUACAAAGGUAAGAUGGAAAGUAGUUCAGUGGCAUCCAGAUGUUGCAACACAGUUGUGCUUAGCAUCAGAAGAUGAUCAGGCUCCUAUAAUUGAAUUAUGGGAUUUGAGAUUUGCAACAUCACCCUUGAAAACAUUCCAAAAUCACCAACGUGGUGUCCUAUCAAUUGCAUGGAAUCCACAUGAUUCAGAUUUACUCUUAAGUUGUGCCAAAGAUAAUAGGAUAUUGUGUUGGAAUCCUAAUUCAGAUGCACCAAAUGAUGAAGUAAUUUGUGAAUUGGCACAAACAAAUCAGUGGAUUUUUGAUGUCUCGUGGUGUCCGAGACAUCCUGGGUUAGUUGUGGGAUCUAGCUUUGAUGGGCAUGCAGCAGUUUACUCUUUAUUGGGAGGACAACAACAAAUGUCAGCAGAAACAUCUAACAAAAUUGUAGAUUCCUUCCCUGGAAUGGAUCCUUUCACGCAUGCACCACCUCCUGUACAGACAGAACCAGCAGUCAUCUUGACAAAAGCUCCAAAAUGGUUAAAAAGGCCAUUUGGAGCAUCCUUUGGUUUUGGUGGUAAAUUGAUAAUAUUUGAAAAUGGACCUGUAGAUCCUAAUUUACCUCCAAAUUCAAACAAAAGGGUGAUAAUAUCACAAGUGGUUACACAACCAGAAUUAAUUCAACGUUCAAAUGAGUUGGAGGAAGUUCUUAAAAGUGAGCAAUAUAGUGAUUAUUGCAAAGGCAAAGUUGACAAUACUACUGAUAUAUAUAGAAAAAAGAUAUGGAAUUGUGUGGGAGCAUAUUUUAGUGACAAUGUGACAAAGAAUAUAUUGAAUUUACUUGGUUAUAACAUAGAAACAAUGAAUAAUAAAUUAAAUCAAUUCAUUUCACAAGAAGAUGUUAAUAGUAUUACAGAAGGAGUUGGUAACUUGAAUAAUGUACUUAAUGGAAACGUUAUUGAUGGAAGCAUGGUGUUCGAUGCUAUUGCACAGGAAUCUAAGAAAGCAUCAAUAACUGCUGCAAAAAAUAAAAACAUUCAAAUUAAUGUGUCAGAUGAUGAGGAUGGGCUUAUAACUCAAGCAAUCCUCUUAGGAAAUAUAGAAGCAGCUGUGUCGUUGUGCUUUGCAAAUAAAAGGUACGCAGAUGCGGUCAUUCUUUCAAUGGCUGCUGGACCUGAUUUGUUAGCACGUACCCAGUACAGAUACUUUUCAGAACAUUCUGGAGCUCUCAAUUCUCUUAUCAAUUCAUUAGUUAGUGAAAAUUGGGCUGAUGUUGUUAACAAUGCUGAUAUAAAUUGCUGGAAAGAAGUAUUGAUUGGAAUAUUUAUUCAUUCCAAUCCACAAGAACGAUCUGCUUUGUGCGAUAUGCUUGGAGAUCGUUUAGCAUCAUCUGACAAUGUAACACUUAAAGAACAAGCUCAAAUUUGUUAUAUUUGUUCUGGUAAUUUGAAUAAAAUGGUUGAAUCUUCCAAUGUUGAAAUUCAGGAAAUAGUAGAGCUAGUAGUUAUAAUGCAGAAAGCAUUAGAGACGCAAAAUAUUAGGGACGUACAAAUAGAAGGAAAAAUUGCCAACGUUUUGUCUCGUUAUGCUGACAUGUUAGCGGCCGAAGGAGAUCUCGAUUCUGCACUAAAUUAUUUGGGAAAUAGUCAAGAUGAAAAAGUCGUAAUGUUAAAAGAUCGCUUGAUGCGGGCUUUAGGUUAUAUUGAAGAAUCGAAAGUCAUGCCAAAAGCACCAGCAAUGCAAAAUUAUUACGAUCGAACCAGAAGAUCUGUAACUGGCGUACAAGGUGUACAAAAUCCAAUGUCUACUGGAUCAACAAGACCCUAUUUCGAUUCAAACAUUGCUGCUCCAACGAAACAAUCUUUCGCACCUCCCCCAAAUCAAUUCAAUACUCAACAGCAACAACAAACGUUUGGAAUAUCUCCGCUUCAACCACAUGUACAAUCAAUGCAACCUGUACAAUCUAUGCAACCUAUGCCACCUAUACCAUCUAUGCCAUAUGAUCAAAUAUCUCAUUCUUACACUUCAACAUCCGUUUCUCCAUCACUUCCACCACCACCUCCUUCAAGCGCAUCAAGCGGAAUCGGAUCUCGACCACCUAGCGCCGGACCUCCAGCGAGAUCAAAAUAUAUAAUAGAUCCGUCUGUUAAAUCUACUUCAACAUACGGACAAACUGGUUUUCAUCAACAAACAUCGUCGUAUCAACAAAUACCUCCAGUAUCAGGCUAUUCUUCAUCAAAUAUGUACCAACCACAAGUUCCUAUGCCGACGAACACGUAUUCCGGACAAAAUUUCGUAUCAAAUGUUAAAGAAGCAGAAACUUUUAAGCCAGUUCAACUUAGUGUAUUGUCGCCACUGCAAAAUCCACCGCAAAGUCAAAUGUAUGAACCAAUUAGAAUGCAACCAAUUCAGCAGUCUCAAAUGUAUGGAAGCGAAAAUCAGCCACCAUUGGAUCGCUCAAACAUCUAUCAAGCACCGGUACAGCCUGCUGGAUGGAACGAUCCACCUGCUGCAAAGCCCUCUAGGAUACAGCCAGUACUAGCAUUAUGCAACAAAAAUGAAAUGUCUGCGGAUCAUGCUGGUACCAGGAAGUGGAAAGCAAAAUAUUCGAAGAAUAUGAAUAUUAAGUCAAAACAAGAUUAUCAGCCACAAAACCCGAUUUUACAUCCAUUGAGAGGAACCCAACCGCAGCCCGAACCAAAUGUAUUGCAACACGACAAAUUUUAUCCGGAUACACAAGCAUCUUACCAUCCGCAGCAAUAUCAUCAGAAUAUUCCAAAUCAAUCCAAUAUCAGUCAGAAUAUUCCAAAUAUGGCUGCUCAAUAUGCAAAACCAAUGGAGCCUACGCCACCGGUCGCAAUUGCCAGAACACCGGAACCGGAAAAGCCAAAACCACCUAUUCCGGAACAGCAUAUGCACUUAAAAACAGUAUUCGAUGAAUUAAAAAAUCAGUGCUUUGAAAACGCCAAGAAUCCACAAAUUAAACGCAAAAUAGCAGAUGUAUCCAGAAAACUCGAAGUUUUAUACGAUUGCCUUAGAGAGAAUAAGCUGUCACAGAAUUCUUUACAAGGAUUACAUCAAAUAUCACAGAUGAUACAGAGUGGAAACUAUACUGGAGGUUUAGAUCUUCAUACACAAUUAGUUUCAGGUCCAGAUUUUAGCCAGAUAGCUUCUUUCAUGCCUGGUAUUAAAGUAUUAUUCCUAAUCGCUCUUCAAUUGAAUGUCUAUAUUAGAUAGAAUGCAAUAUAUAAAACCCGGAAUAUUUACACCUAUUCAUUUUUAUAAUUUGAAAUUUGUAUAAUCCUUAACAGCCUUAUUAAUUUAGCUGCCUAAUUAAUAAGAUAUUUACGUUUUAUUAAUUUUCCAUAUUAUUCAGCAUAGUACGGAUAGUCACAAAUAUUUGUAUAUAAACUUUAUGACUCAAUUGUGUCAUCAACAAAAUCAUAAUGUUUAUAUAUUUACAUUUAAAGGUGGCUUGUUGGGAUUAGAUAAGAUAUCAUUAUUCCGGUACAAUGGAAAGUACUCAUUACCUAAGGCGCAUGUAAAAACUAGAACAGAUAUUCAGAUAUUGUUAAUAAAAUAUUGUUUCUUUUAACAUAAUGUAAUAUGUACAUAAAAUAUUAAAGUUGGCUUAAGAAAAUCAUGUGUAUAUCUCACAAUAAAAAAUUAUACAAUGAUUUCAUUAAAA